CUGGGAGAUCUCCAUCGGCGACGUUAGCCAGACGGGCUAGCAAUGACGGAUAGGAUUACUCCUGCCGGGGUCUGGAUUGUGAGCCACCAGACAUGAUUUUAUGGAGACCACCCUACAAGGCCUGAGCUGAUUUGUCAGCCUUGUGUAGGUUUGGUUUUCACCCCCCGAGUGUCCUCUGGAUAUCAGCUGACCAUGGUGGUCUGAGCAGGGGAAAGCCUGGCACGGUGUUUAUUCACUCUGACACGGCAAGGCUUGACCAAGAGAGGAGCAGGAGAGGAGACGGACCGGCGCAAAGAGAAAAAGCAUAUUUAAACACAAAAUGUCUCAAAACAGAGAACUGGUGGUUUUCUACAUAAACUAUAAACUCUCCCAGAGAAACUAUCCUCUCAACCACAUGGGACUCAUAGAGCCUACAAACAGGACUGACGGGGGGGAGGAAGGGUUGGGCGAGGAGCAGCGGGUAGCGACGCACCCCAAUGGGACUUUUAACGGUAUGAGUCUCGGGACCCCGCCGGCAUCCCCGCUGCGGCAGCAACAGUUGCCGUCGACGACGAGCCUGGACGCGGUGAAAGAGGCGCUCCGGGACUCGGCCAACGAGUUCGAGCUGCGGUACGCCCGCGCCUUCAGCGAUCUGCACCACCAGCUGCACAUCACGCCGGCCACGGCCUACCAGAGCUUCGAGAACGUGAUGGAUGAGGUGUUCCGGGACGGAGUCAACUGGGGGCGCAUCGUGGGGCUUUUCGCUUUUGGCGGGGCGCUGUGCGUGGAGUGCGUGGAAGAGAUGAGUCCGCUGGUGGGCAGGAUCAUAGAGUGGAUGACGGUGUACCUGGACAACCACAUUCAGCCCUGGAUCCAGAGCCAAGGAGGAUGGGAACGCUUUGCCGAAAUCUUUGGGCAGGACGCGGCGGCAGAGAGCAGGCGGUCUCAGGAGAGUUUCAAGAAGUGGCUGCUGGCGGGAAUGACCCUAGUGACCGGAGUGGUGGUGGGCCACUCAUCGCCCAGAAACGCCUGUGAAGGGAGACACACGACACCCCUUCCCAACACUCAUAACCCUUCUCCGCCUGUCACCAUCCUCGACCUCCACAACGACAGAAGUGAAAAAUGAAGGUCCUGUUUGUCUCAUCAGAACUGCUGAUGAUGUUUACUCACCCCCCCACCACACACACACACACACACACGCACGCACACACACACACACACACACACACACACAUCUCUCAAAGUGGACAAAGAAUCCUCACGUUGUUGAACUUUUUGAGAAAAAAGACAGAAAAGAGGAAGAGUAUUCAUGUGUUCAUCUUAUUCCACCUUGAAAAAAAUGUGUGGUUAUACAGAGACAGACGUGUUUUACUUGCUGGACCGAUUGUUCCUGCGAUUCCUCCCUCCACUGGUUCUGUCUUUAUGUUUUAGUUUUAACAAAUUUUGGUUUCCCGUGUUUGUCCACAAAAGAGGCUAAAACUGACUUCACAGUGAACCUGUCUGAUAUUAAGAGUCAGUGUGUUUUGGGGCUCGGACCGCUCCACACAUCUCCGUCUCCAAGCUUGUUUUUUUGCUGGUUCCCUCAGACGCCUCCACCAUAGCUUUGUGUGUGCCAUAUGGAGAGUGAAAGCAGGGGAGGAUGUAGCACCUGCCCCUGAGCGGCUUCUAGC